AUGUUUGAGCCUGUGGAGCGUGGCAUUGCAAUGUCCGUUUUCGCAGGCGCUACCUUCGUGGGCCCCGUAGCUGGGCCUAUUGUGGGUGGAUUCAUCGUGAUCUCUUAUCUUGGUUGGCGUUGGACUGAGUACAUCACGGCCAUAUGGGCCUUUGCCUUCUGCGUUAUCGGCUUUUUCAUAAUACCCGAGACGUUUGAGGGGGCUAUACUGUCAGAACGUGCCAAAAGACGACGAGUGGAAACCGGUAAUUGGGCUCUGCAUGCCAGAGCCGAAGAGAAAGUCGUCAGCGUUCAAGACAUCAUGACGCGGUACAUCUUACGGCCAUUCCAGAUGCUAGCUCAGGAGCCUAUUCUGCUUCUGGUCACGCUGUACAUCGGGUUCAUCUAUGGAUUUCUGUACACUUGCUUCGUGGCCUAUCCGAUUUCGUUCCAGGAAGAACGUGGAUGGGACGACGGAGUUGGUGCCCUGCCAUUCAUCGCCGUGAUCUGUGGCGUAUUCGUCGGACAUCAUUCCCGCACAGGGAGUGUGAAUCCUGAAGAACGCCUGAUCCCAAUGGCCAUAGGAGGUGUGUUCUUACCUAUAGGAAUGUUUUGGUUUGGAUGGACGUCAAGCCCGCACAUCUCAUGGGUUGCCCAAGUCAUCUCAGGAAGCUUUUUGGGGGCUGGAGUUUUGUUGAUAUUCUUACAGGGGCUCAACUAUAUUGUUGAUGUAUAUCCCAUGUAUGCCAAUUCCGCAAUAGCAGCGAAUUCGUUAUUUCGCUCUCUGCUUGGAGCUGGCUUUCCAUUAUUUGCCUCGGCUAUGUUUCACAACCUUGGUGUAAAUUGGGCAAUGACUUUGUUAGGUUGUCUGACUGCCCUUCUAUUCCCCGUGCCCAUUGCUUUUUUUAUAUACGGACCAAAGAUCCGCUCUUGGAGUAAGUUCAGUGUGAAAUCUUAA